AUGAUUUUUUUUUUUUUCAUUUCUUUUUCAUUUUUUUUUUUUUUUUUUGUCUUUUUUUUGUGUCUUUUUUUUUCUUUUUUUGUGUCUUUUUUGUGUCUUUUUUUUGUGUUUUUUUUUGUGUCUUUUUUUUUUUUCUGUCUUUUUUUUGUCUGUCUUUUUUUUGUCUGUCUUUUUUUUUCUGUCUGUCUUUUUUUUUGUCUGUCUUUUUUUUUGUCUGUCUUUUUUUUUGUCUGUCUUUUUUUUUUGUCUGUCUUUUUUUUUUUGUGUGUUUUUUUUUUGUCUGUCUUUUUUUUGUCUGUCUUUUUUUUUUUGUCUGUCUUUUUUUUUUGUCUGUUUUUUUUGUCUGUCUUUUUUUUUUUGUCUGUCUUUUUUUUUUUGUCUGUCUUUUUUUUAACAUUUUUGUUUUAUGUAUGUUUGAUGGUUUGUUUUGUUUAUUUUAUUUUAUUUUUUUAA